AUGCAUCAACAGGCGCUGCGAUCGGCGAGCAGUCGCAUCAGGCCGGACGUCGUCGCCAUCAAGACCUGCAUCCGAACCUUCUCCACGACGCAAUGGCGCCCCGCGACGGACGAUUCAUCGAACAAGAAUAGCAACAAUGUUGACAAACCUUCUGCGCGUUCCUACAACAGGCCCUCCCUGACCGGACGAGAGCGGUCCCGGGCCGCGGCUAGCGAGAUUGGGCAGCUCCUGCGAGGCGGACCGAUAAGCGCUGCGAGUCCAGCUGCGGCCCAGCCCAGGGGUCUUGACGAGAAGGGCGGCUUGACUUCCGCGGGACGAGGAGGAGCAAUCAACUUUGUAAAGGUACCCACGGGAUUCGGGCGUGGCCGCGGCAGCCUUGGCGCUCGUGGUGGACGGGGAGGUGGUGGAGGAGGAGAAGGAUUCUCCGGCCGAGGAGGUGCGGGAGGCUUCAGAGGACGCGGUGGUGGCCGUGGAGGAGGCAUGAGAGGCCGCGGAGGUGCCGGCCGCGGCGGUCGCGGCGGUCGCGGCGGUCGUGGUGGUCGCGGCGGACGGAGAGGCGAAGAAGACGGCGAGGGCCGCAAGGACCGGGACAAGGAAAAACAGCAGGGCGCCGCCGACCGCUUCGAGUUCAUGCGGCCCGAGACCGUGGAGGAGCACGCCUACGUCGCGGCGCGCGAUCAGGGGCUCCCCGAGGAGUUCCAGCCGAGCCUCAGCGCCGGGGACCUGCUUGGGUAUAGGCCUGCCAUGGCUGUUGGGUCGUCGGCGGCCAGCAAGGCGGCGACGGUGCUCAAGUCGCUGCGGGAUGUCGCGGGCACGGCGGACUACACGCCCGAGAGGUGGGGGGAUGUGCGGCACGCUGCAGAGGCGUUGGCCAACACGGGUGAUAAGGGUUUUUAUUUCUUUAGCGACAUUGAGGAGAAGAAGGUCUUCGCGGAGGCGCUCAAGGCGACGACGACCGAGGUCGGGGAGGACGGGUUCUACGUUCACGCCGUGCGGGAGCUCAAGCUUGAGGAGGGCGCGGGGAGGGCCGUGAGGGAGUAUAUCCUCGAGCGCGCUGUCAAGGGCCAGCACGUCGGUCCCAAGUUCGUGGCGGGCGGGAGCCGGGAUCCAGUGAACUUGGCAAGGGAGUCGCACCUGCACAACGAGACGUACGUGGCUGGCGACAUGAAGAAGUUUGACGACAAGAUUGCGGCUCUUGUGGCCAAGGGGAAGCCUGGCGCCGGUGCUGCUGCUGCUGCUACCAAGGGAGGCAAGACUGCGAGGGCUUAA